GGACAGAGACUGGGACAUGAGACCUAUGGAUGACAGAGAAAUGGGGAACCGUGACCUGGAUAUCCCUCCUCUACCACCAUUACCACCUCUGGACAGAUACCGUGAAGAUAGGUGGAGGGAGGAUAGGAACAGAGAUCAUUAUGACAGAGACAUCCGAGACAGGGGGGAACUGAGGAUUCGAGAGUAUCCAGAGAGAUAUGACACAUGGCGGGAGAAGCAAGACUACCUUCCUGAGAGGACUGACUGGGAGAGGGAACGGUUGUCGGAUAGGUGGUAUCCAGAUGAUGGAGACAGAUUGCGGUCUUUGGAUGAUCAUUCAGAUUCAUCCCUUCCUCCACCUUCACAUUCAUCUGACAUGCUGGGAGCAGAUUCAAACCUGGACUCUGACCAGUCUUUGGGAGGAGUGAUGGUCCUUAGCCAAAGACAGCAUGAGAUAAUUCUGAAGGCUGCCCAGGAGCUCAAAAUGCUUCGAGAGCAAAAAGAACAGCUACAGAAGUUGAAAGAGUUUAAACCUGACAUUUCCACACAGGACUCUCCUAGAUCACAGAACACAACCACAAGGCCAGGUGCCUUUCAGGAACGCUGGGAUGAAGAUUCUUUCCACGGACUCUGGGACACAAAUGAGGAUAAAGGAGCAAAUAUGGAGUACGAGUUGUGUAAACAAGAGUCAAUGAUGCCUCCACCUGUCUCCUCGCCUGUGAAAGUACCUGCCGUUCACACCUCUGUUCCGUCAGCUGUACCAGUGUCCCUUCCUCCGGUUAUUCCCCCGGUUCCUAAAGCACCUGUAAUUCAACAAACCGUGGAUUAUGGCCACGGGCGAGAUAUAACCACCAGUAAAGUGGAACAGAUUCCAUAUGGGGAGAGGGUAACCCUGCGUCCGGAACCUCUACCAGAGAGGCAAACAUUUCAAAAAGAGCACCCUGGUCGUUACAACAGAGAAAGAGAUCGUGAGCCUUAUUUUGAGCGUCAAGGUAAUUCCAACACAGAUCAUCGGGAUUUCAAGAGAGAGCGGGAACUGCACAGAGACCGUGGUUCUGUGGACUACGAACGAGAGAGAUUUGACAAAGAGCGGCAUCCCCGAGAUGAUAGGGUUCUUCCUACUACACCUUCAAGGACUCAGUCUUACCGUGACAAAAAAGACCAUCCUUCCUCCAGGCGGGGUGGUUUUGAAAGACCACCAUAUGAACGAAAGACAGAUCGUCCAGCAUAUGAUCAUGGGCCUUCCAUGUUUGGAGGUGAUCGUAGAAAUUACCCUGAGGAAAGGAUUCCAAUUUCUGCUCCAUCAAUGCCCCGCCAGCCACCACCUGCUCCACGGGUGGAAAGGAAACCAGAAUCUAAAAAUGUAGAUGAUAUUUUGAAGCCACCAGGACGGGAUAGCAGGCCAGAGAGAAUUGUAAUCAUAAUGAGAGGGUUGCCUGGCAGUGGAAAGACACAUGUAGCAAAACUCAUCAGGGAUAAGGAAGUAGAGUGUGGAGGACCUGCACCAAGAGUGCUCAGUCUGGAUGACUAUUUUAUCACUGAAGUGGAAAAAGAAGAGAGAGACCCAGAUACAGGGAAAAAAGUGAAAAAGAAGGUGAUGGAGUAUGAAUAUGAAGCUGAUAUGGAAGAGACCUAUCGUACCAGCAUGUUUAAAACUUUCAAAAAGACCUUGGAUGAUGGCUUCUUCCCCUUCAUUAUCCUUGACGCUAUCAAUGAUAGAGUGCGACAUUUUGAACAGUUUUGGAGUGCUGCAAAAACCAAGGGUUUUGAGGUGUACUUAGCUGAAAUGAGUGCAGAUAACCAGACGUGUUCCAAGAGGAAUAUUCACGGACGCAAGCUAAAAGAAAUCAGCAGGAUGUCUGAUCACUGGGAGGCGGCACCACGUCACAUGAUGCGCCUGGACAUUCGUUCUCUGUUGCAGGAUGCUGCUAUCGAAGAGGUGGAGAUGGAGGAUUUUGAUGCAAAUAUUGAAGACCAGAAAGAAGAAGUGAAGAAGGAUACAGCAGAGGAGGAAGAAAGUGAACUGGGUUACAUUCCGAAAAGCAAAUGGGAGAUGGACACUUCUGAGGCAAAGCUAGACAAGCUGGAUGGUUUGCGGACUGGCACUAAAAGGAAACGUGACUGGGAAGCAAUUGCCAGCAGAAUGGAAGAUUAUCUACAGCUUCCAGAUGACUAUGAUACACGUGCUUCUGAACCUGGAAAGAAAAGGGUGCGAUGGGCAGAUCUAGAAGAAAAAAAAGAUGCAGACAGGAAAAGGGCCAUUGGUUUUGUUGUUGGACAAACAGACUGGGAGAAGAUAACAGAUGAAAGUGGUCAUCUUGCUGAGAGAGCCCUCAACCGCACCAAGUAUAUAUGAAAAAGUGGUUAAAUGGGAUUUUGUGCCUUUAAGGCCAUUUGCUCUGAGGAGAAGUGAACCAAGGUGUCAUGAGCAUCUUGCAUGGGACAUGUCACUCCCACCUUCACAGUUUUUCUUUGUUACUUUAGUUUCAGCAAUUUUCUUGAGAUGUUGGCAGAUAACCAGUGCCCUCAAAAAAAACAACAAAUCCCGCUGCUCCUAAGUGAGAGAGACAGUUUACUUUUUAAUAUUUUUGGAGGGGAGGGAGGGGGAGGGCCAGUAGUUUUAGCUGCUGUUUGUGGGAUAAAGUGGAAAAAUUAGACAGACGUUACCUCCACUGUACCGUCACAGAAUGUUUAUCACCUUUGCUUUGUGGCCGUUCUCGUUUUAUACUGUAUGUACCUUGUAGCUUAUUGUAUUAGGAAGCAGAACAAUAAAUUUCACUAUAAACUCGG